AUGCUGCGGCCCUACCACCCAGAAGUACCCAAAGACCCAAGGACGCUAUUGCAAACGCCUCGAACCUGCAUUAGCAAGCCACUGAACAAAGGGAACUAUGUUCAUUUAGGUCUUGAGCGUGGUCUGGUGGAUCAACUUCACAGUCUGCCAGAGGCAACCGUUCCUGAAAUACACAUCCAACUGCAUAUCGACGGCAUGAAGAUAUUUAAGGGGUCGAGUCAGGGCCUGUGGCCGAUUCUGGCUCGUGUUCGCCAUCCGGUUGUUGGUCAGCCCUUCAUUGUUGGAGUGUUCUGCGGUCCCGGCAAACCCGAUCCGUUGGACGACUUCUUGGGCGACUGUGUUGGCGAGCUGAAAGACCUCCUGGGCAGUGGUCUGCAUAAUCCACAUACGCAAAAUAUCGUCAAGGUGAGCUUAGACAACGUCAUCUGCGACACCCCUGCCCGAUGUUUUGUGCGGCGAGUUAAAGCUCACAAUGGCUAUUACGGAUGCGACAGGUAUGUUGCGUCGUACUUUUAACUAUAACCACCGCAGGUGUUCCCAUAUGGGCAAACGUAUUGCAAACCGCAUGACGUUUGCAGUAUGCAGUGGGCGUCUGCGUGACGACAGGUCAUUCAGGUUGCGAAAACAGGAACAGCACCACAAGGGCAGGUCUCCGUUCGAGGAUUUACCCAUAGAUAUGGUGGUCUCUUUCCCACUGGACUAUAUGCACCUGGUUUGUCUGGGCGUCAUGCGGAAGUUACUGCAUAUUUGGCGUCUGGGCUCCAGCAGGCACUCUAACUCAUUGAAUGCGUCCAUUGAGAUGUGCAGCCAAUGUUUGCCGGCCGAGUUUUCGCGUAAAUGCAGAACACUCGAUUGCCUGGAGUUCUGGAAGGCUGCCGAAUAUAGGCAAUUUCUUCUGUACAUAGGCCCCGUCGUUUUGUCCUCCUCUUUAAGCGAAGCCCGGUAUCAACACUUUUUACAGUUUUCUCUCGCAGUGCACAUAUUCUGCCAUCCCGUAUUGCAUAUAACCUGGAGAGAAUACGGCCGGCUUCUGCUAAAUCGCUUUGUAGUUAAUUUCCCCACCUUGUAUAGCCCUUCGGAUAUUAUUUACAAUGUCCACUGCCUGCUUCACCUGUAUGACGAUGUGGCUCGGUUUGGAGUGCUGGAUAAUUUCUCGGCAUUUCCUUUCGAGUCCUUUUUACAAAGUGUCCGCAGCAGUAUAAAAGGGCCUACACACGUAGCCGCGCAGGUCUUCAAGCGCUUUUCUGAAAGACGCUUGCCUGAGGUACCGACAUGCCCAAUGCUGUUGGACGACGACGAGGGAGUGGCACGGGCAUUUAAACUGCCUCGCGGAUCCACUGCUGUUUUCCACGAAGACUUUAUUCUGUCAACUAAGCAGCCCGAUAAUGUGGUACUUAUUGGAAACAGACCGUGCAUACUGACAUCAGUUUCGCCCACGGGCAUAACUUACCGCCCUUUCCUUGACUGUGAGGACCUUUUAAGGGCAUCUAUUCCCUCCUCCCCUUUUUACAUGUUUAAAGCCUCCCGUUUAUCAGACACUCCUUCAACUGCCGCCCUUUCAGACAUCGUCUGUAAAUAUGUUCCCUUUGACAUUGACGGUAGUUUUUUUCUGAUUCCCUUACUUCACACUGUGCGUGCGCUCUGAAUCUUGUUUACAUUGUUUAUGUGAACAUAUAAAUUUCCCUGUAGAUGUAUUCCGUUGUGGAGUUCGUAAAUGACAAGGCUGUGGCCGUGGUGGCUGCAGCCUGGUUUGAUCAGAGAGAUGCUAUGAAUGUGGUCGUUUGAGAGUAUUUUUCGGAAAAGGUUGGAUGGAGUGGACGUCUGCUGAAACUCCAUAUGCUUUUAAUAAUAGGAAGGAGAGCCAAAUCCAAAUGCACGCAUCUUAAGCAUAUCAUCACAUACAUUUCCAAUUUGAGAAACCCGUUGUGACAGUCUUAAAGAAGCACUCGGAUAAGUCUUCUACUCCUCAUCUUACCAACAGGUCGUCUAAAUGAUUUCCAUUAACCAAUAAAAAUAGCAGGACCAUGUGCGCGACUACCGCGGGUCACUCCGAUGACAAAAACGGUUAGGAUAAACAAAGGCUGUCGAAAAAGUAUCUGCAUAUUCAAAAUCUAAUAACACUCGCCUAAUAUACGGACCAGCGCAAUAAAUGCCACAACCAAAUACGGGUUGCUAGGACAUCUAUCGAGCGCCAACUGAUAGCAGAAUCCAUUACAUGUCGCAAGAAGUUUUAUGGGCGCAUCCGCAGUUGGAAAAAAUAUAGGGACGAAAUUGCCUGUUUAAAGGAUAGCCUCGGAAACUUAUUAGUUGAGGGGCCACAGAAAGUGCAAUAACUGUCAGUUUCUUCAAUCGGUUUUUAUGGAGGAGUCCUCCAGAGACAAUCAGGAGUUUUAAAUGGGCCAAGAUGGCCGGUUACUUCAAAUGCGCCAAGAUACUGCCGUUAUAGAAAACGUCACAUUUUCCAUCGAAGAAUUGAGACGAGACGUCAUUCAAUUAAGUCAGAUAAGUUUGGUGGACCCGAUGGAAUUCUUUGGCUGAUACUUUAGGAGCUGUCAAAGGCUCUUUCGACUCUCUUAAAGUCGUUUAUGAGAACCGGGAGACUGCCAUCGCAGAAGAAGACAGCCAACCUCGUUCUCUUAUAUAAGGGAGGUAGCAGGAUGGCAGCAAGCAUCCUCAGGCCUGUUAGGUGGAUUUGCCUCCCAUGCAGAAAGAUGGACGUUUUAUCAAAGAGUGUACACACAAAUUUUGUGAAAAAAUAAAAUCUUGAAGGAUUUUCAACAUAGUUUCCGCAGAAGACAUUUCUGCAUACAUGUCUGUGGCUCUGAACCAGGGCUCAGAAGAGGGUUUUGAGGUCGAUGUGCUGUAUAUCGAUUUCCGCAAAGCUUUCGAUACUGUUCCUCACCAACGCCUUCUUCACAAAUUGAGCGCCAUCGGCAUCCGGGGAGAUCUUCUAAAGUGGAUAAGGGCGUUUCUGGUUGGCCGUAAACACCGUGUCUGUAUUGGAGAUGAUAUGUCAGACUGGGUGAACGUGAAUGGUGCUGUGCCUCAAGGCUCAGUUCUGGGACCAUUGCUCUUCAUCCUUCAUGUUAACGACAGCCUUCACGAACUCCACUUCGACAAAAUAAUGUUUGCAGACGACGUUAACCUCUGGCAAGUCAUUAAAGGACCGAAUGACCAGAGAUCCCUUUAAGAUUUGGGCGUAUCAUACUCCAAGAGUCUUAAUCUCUCGGAGCACUGUGCCUUGAUAGUCUCAAAAGCCCGUAGAACGACCGGGUUUAUCCUCCGAAAUUUUAAAACUAGGGACAUUAGAAUGCGCCUUUUCAACAUGUACGUUAGACCUGGUCUGGAAUACUGUUCGUUUUCAUUUAGCCUCAUGCGUGCUACUGAGCGGAAGAAAUUAGAAUCCGUUCAACACUUUUUUACCAAGAGAAUUUUAACCCCGGAACACCGACACUUGUCUUACCAAGAACGUCGCCGGCUUACAGGCCUCGAUCCUUUAUGGUUCCGUAGAUUACAAAAGGGACUAUUUUUGCUAUUUAAACUCUUAUAUAAUCACACAUUUAACCCACUCACCUCUUUAAGACAUCAUAUCCACCCACGACGAAACAGUCACCGUGAGGUCUUCUUAUUUCUGCCUCUGGCACGUACUGUUAAAUAUCGUCGGUUCUUUUCUGUAAAUGCAAUUGCUAUUUGGAAUAGACUACCCAUGAGUGUGAAAACUCUGCAAAAUUAUCCUUUAUUUAAGAGAACUAUUAAUCGAUUUUUGCAUUCAGAAAAGCUCCCACAAAUUUUGGGUGCUGAAUCUACUGAUCGACUGUACCGUAGCCAUGGCGUUUGUGGUCUCUGAACACUAUGGCCGGUCUCACCAGCUGUUCCUCAACGUCUCUACUUUGGCUAUCCCCAGCUUCAUGAAAGGAAUUUGACGUCCGAUAAUCUCCGAUACCGUGCAGCCUCCCCCAUUCUUGACAGUUAAUAUUCUACCACCGCCAGCAGUUUUUUCUCCUGAGCCCUCCAAACCAUAAAAACCACCAUCAACCAUAUUUUUAUCACUUAAGCUCAAAAGUUUUUUUUCACUGCAGGUCGGAUUUAUGUUUAAUAGCUUCCCUUGACAAUGCCUGUAAACUGGCAUUAAAAAAAUUUAUUUAUUUAUUUAUUUAUCAGGUCCUAUCUGUCCAAUCGAUAUCAGAAAGUCAUGGUCGGCAAUAGCUACUCGACACCCCACUCGAUCACGAGUGGUGUACUUCAAGGCACGGUUCUGGGUCCGCAAUUCUUCCUUCCUUCCUUCAAUGAUAUUUCGACUGAACUCGGAAAUUUGCAAACUUUUACUUAUGCCGAUCACCUCAAGUGUGAUUACUCAUACUCAACGGACACCGCAAAUGUUUUUGUUGAAAAAAGUAAUGCCGAUUUACUACGCUUAAGCACAUGGGAUUCGACAUGGCAGAUGGAGUUUACAUCAUCCAAGUGUAGUUUCAUGUCUUUUGGUCCUGCAAAACUUCCUGGUUCCAUAAUUUUUCAGAAUAACCCACUCUCAGAAUGCCUCACCAUAAAGGACCUAGGUCUAAGUUAUACAAAUAAGCUUGCUUUAUCACCUCAUGCAGAUAGAAUCUCUGCCACAGCCGCGCAGAUAUGUGGAUUCAUAUCGCAUAAUAUUUUCCUUCCGGAAAUGAAGCUAAGACUUUGUCCAAUGUUUGUUCCUCCAGUCUUCGAAUACUGCUGUCCUUUUUUGGUUUAAUGAACGCCUGUGACCGCUAUAAGAUCGAAAAUGUUCAGAUGGUUUUCACCCGGAAACUGUUCUCUCAAGCUUCGUCCGGUAUUUCUUAUACUCAGAGAUGUCAGCUGGCGAACAUUAAGUUUUUGUGGGUUAGAAGACUCGAAGCUGGCAUUCACGUCCUUUUUCGCAUCAAUUCUAGCUCCAAUCAUCUGCUCAUUGACACUCUCACUCCGAGAGAUCGGUCUUAUGCCACGCGCAACUCCUCCAUGCUGAUUCCGCCGCUGCAUCUUUGCACUACAUCUAAGCGCUCCCUCUUCUUUGCUUCCAAAUAUGCCUUCCUUUGGAAUAAUCUUCCGCCUGAAAUUAGAUACUCGCCUAAGUUACUGGUAUUUAAGUCGAAAUUACGCAAACAUCUUACACCGAAAAGCAUAAAGGCACUGUUAACGGUCUCAUUCCCGAACACUCAGAUUCUUGACUUCGAGAAGGGUCCUCCUGGGAUUUAGUGGUAGAUUAAGUGGUAACCCUCAAUUAUAUCAUUAGAAGCCCUGUUUUGAAUUGGUUUCUAAGUCCACUGCUAUCCUUCCUCCCCCACAGCGGCGAUUUUCGCGGUUUUUGAUGUCAUCUCCCACAUUCCGACCUCAUGCGGUCUGACAACGCUCAGGGCGGAACCCUCAGUAUUCCCCGUCUACUAGUAGUUUGGUCGUACCUCCCUUCCCCUUUCCUCGGCUGGGCUCGAAGUGUUCUGUGGCCGAUCGCAUCUGGAUUCCUUUCGUCUGGCCUCUUUGACGCGAAUAGUCUCAUGCGGCGUAUCAAUCCGGCCCAGACGAUCUCAAUUUUGAAUCCCGUAUACAAAGCCACAUGCAAGCCAGUCCUGUCUGACCCGCAUACGUUCCCCCCAAGGCUGAGAUUUAUUGCUAACUGACGAUGACCGACAAUAUUCCGUCAUAUACCGCCACCUACAGGCCAGUGCUGCUCGUUUUUUUCUGUCAUUAUUUUUAUUGAUGGUUUUUUCUCCCGUAAAAUUAAUCCAAUUAUUUUUAACUUUUUGUAAGGAGUUUUUUUUUCACCCCUCAAUCAUCAUGUUUCUCAAUCGACUACUAAUUCAGAAACUAUGAAUUGCAUUUUGUAAGGAUUCGGCCUACCUCUUCUAAAACUCGCAUGUAAAUUUAUGUUAACUUGCUUUGGUGGGACUCCGACGGGUCUUUAAUAAAAAAUUAUUUAUUUAUUUAUCUCCUACAAUGAGACUUAAUAAUCAGAGCUACGCAGGUAUUUUCGGGAAAUUAUAAAGUGAUUAUUCCACCCUGUCUUUGUCAACAUGCGUGUUCAAAAAAUCAAUUAGUGCUUUGGGAUACCAUGCCGUAUUAGCUAUAACAUGAGGGUAAACAUAUUGGACAACCUCCGUGACUGAGUCAUAACCGAAUAAAGUUAUGACAAAGUGAGUUGAAGGUCAGCCAAGGCUCGUUAACAGUGACUUGACGUGCGCCUAAGUCAAAACUACGACUCACGACCAGGACAUCUUUUAAAUUAGUGAUUUUUUAUUGGAACAAUCAUGUCGAUGCAAUCCUUGAAUGCUGUUUUGCGGACACCGUCGCGAUAAAUAUGCAGAAGAAUGGAGAAAACAUUUGCAAAAGUCUCCUGGCAUGACGUGGCGACAUUAAUUGAUGUUUCAAUGAUAAGGAUGUGCUUGCACAUCGAGGCUGUCUGUGAGGGAAAAGCCGCAACAAAUUCCGAGGGAAGAAGGACAUUGCACGCUGUGUUCCUUUCCACAGCUUAGGGGCACAGAUCGGGAAAUAAACGGCAGAGGUGAGCGGUUACUUGUCUCAAACAGAAGAGCCCACCGGCCUGGUAAAAAAUAGCAGACUCCGCGGUGCUCCUCAAUAUAGAAAUCAGGCAUCUAGUUCAAAACAACCGAACUCCAUUAGCGCGGAAGAUUGUGAAAGCAGUUCUAAAAAAAUAUUAUUAUUGUUUAAGUCGGGUGAUCGUUCUUUUAGACUAAGGUAGUUAUAACAUUUUUUUAUAUUUUUGGGCAAUUUUAAACAUGUUGAAAUAAACACAACAGACCAAAGAAUUCUGAAGAGCAUUUGGCGAGGAUACGGCCUUUCGAUAAAUUCUCAUCGGGCCAAUACCUCUAAAUGGGAGCUAGCUGCAAACUGAAACGUGUAAGCGAUAAGAAGAAUCGAUUGAUGCCAGUCCUUUCGUACAAACGGGGGUUUAAAUAAGGAAGAGAGGGAGUAGGGAGGAGGGAGUGACAAUGAGGAUUAAGUAUGGCCGUGUCACAAGGAGGACGAGGAUGCAAAGAUAUGCAUACUGUUAAUCGAUCUUGGCCCACGGUAGACGCGGAGCAUGCAAGAGUUUCCUCUGCGCGCACAGGAUCGGCCUCUGAAGAUUGAUGGCAGUCGCUUCUGUUGUUGUUAGUAAGCGCUGCCCCAGUCGCUUAGGAUAGUUAGGUGGGACCUUUUGAGUCACGCGGAGGGCUUCUUUGGGAUCAACACGGUGCCCAGAACUAACCAUGUGUGAGGAGAUGGAGCUGUGUAUACACUUAAAUCCAACUGUCCACAGCCAUGCCAAUAGGUGUUCUCGUAAUCUUGUGGAUAUAUUCCGACUAGUACGACCAAUAUAUUCUGUCUCAUAGAAGCAAGUAGAGGGCUAAAUGCACAUGGAUUUGGUCUGGGCUGGUAGGCUCUCAUUUCCUUUCUUGCACAAGACGGAGUUUAUCGAAAGCAGUACUUUAACUUUAGCUGUCGGAAAGGUCUCGCGAGGUGUAAUUGUAUGGUCGACAAUCAGAAGGUGCCUAAAUCAGAAGUUAGGGAAGAUAAAUUGGUUGGACAGGCUUUACUAGAGUGGAGAGCGUGCAGAGGCUCUCCAAGCAGUCACAACAAGGUGUCGUUUGCCUGGAGUUGUUGUUGUAGGUGCCUCUGUUCAGCCUGUUAAAAGUCACGUCCGUAGGGCCGGCGUCCCGUGUAUGUGUAUAUGUGUAGUCGUUGUUGUCACCUAUUGAUCUACUGUGUCUACCUGUACCCAAUCAGCGAAGAAGUUGGGUUGAUGGACUUCACGACCAUAGGAGGGUAAUGACAAGCGUCGUAUGACACAUGCAGCGAAUCAAUCAAGAGCGUGAUAUGGACGGAAAUGGCAGUGACAUAAAUCAGCUAUUAAGAGUACGAACAGCUACAGAUCCUUUAAACGGCUUGGUCAAUGUGUCUUCUCAGGAGUUAACUCGCCGCGCCCCCUUGAAAGAGAAUUUUGGUGAACAGGGUACUCAUCUCCCUCGUCGGUAGAAUGAACUUUUCCGGUCGUUCAGCAAGAUUCCUUAAAAUAAAUCUGUCAGGAUACCUGUCCUUACAAAGCAGGUCUUGGGUUCAUCUAAGUUUCCCAUCAAAGCUAGCCGCUCUAAGAAAAUUUCUAGCUCAUAGCGUCAAAAAAGGACUAUAUUAUGUUCCUAUUGAAGGGAUACAAUGCUGUAGAAGUUCGUGCAUUGCCUAGGCCAUGUAUCCUUCCGAAAGACGCCUUUUCGAAUGCUGCCGUCAACACUUCUGCUUAAAUGGACGUCUAAGGAAUGCAGUGGGCCUUCCCUUCCCACCUCUAACUUCAAUCUGAUCGACGAAAGGGCCUGACUUAUAGCAUACAAGCGGAUAUAUAUGUUGGUUUUUCCAGUGUCAAUUACAAAGAUAUCGUCAGCUUAAAGUCCGUAGUGCUUUAGCUUAUUUAUUUGGUCGUUUAACUGAAUGUUCUUCAGCUUGUCCAUGAAGACAUCCGCUAGCAGAGGACCAAGAGGCGAUCCAAUAGCAACUCCGUCUAUUUGCCUAUAUGUUUGGUUGUCAAAAAGGAACUGCAUGCUAUGUGUAUUUUAGUAAUAGUUACAGGAGUGUGUUCGUCGAAAUACCUUUUACUUGAUGGUUGAUUGAGAGAAAUUCACAUAUGUGCUCGACUGUCUCUGUGACCUGAACGUUUAUGAAGGGUUAAGAUACAUCAAGUUAAAGCAUCACCAUACCGUUUAAGUUUAGGUCUUUAAGGUCUUCAAUGAAUUCGAAGGUAUCCCGAUAGAUAUGUGAUGCUAGUUGAUACUGUAGAGCCUUGAGCUUCUAUGCUAGCCACUUCGUUAUCGCAUGAGAAGGAGAGUUGCGGAUGUCUAAGAUCGUACGGACUAGUAAGCCGUUCUUGUGAAUCUUCGGUCGACCGUACAAUCGAGGGAUAUGAGUGCCCAAUGGACGGUGGUUUUCGAGUACGCGAUCUUUUAUGAAGCCUGCUGUGGGAAAUUUGCUGAGGUCAUCGGCCGAUUGUGCAUCGACUUCGUCCGCGGAUGAUGUUUUCUUUGUCAGCGUUCUUGAAUUGCUUCUUGUCCGACAAUAAUAAUUUUUUAUUAAAGACCCUCGAUGUCCGAUCAGAACAAGUAAAAAUAAAUUUACGUUCGAAUUUUAGACGAGGUAGGCCGAAUCUUUACAAAAUUCAAUUCAUAGUUUCUGAAUUAGUAGUCCGUUGACAAAAAUGACCAGCGAGAGGUGAAAAAACUCCACACAAAAAUUUAAAAAUGAUUGGGUACAUUUUACAGGAGAAAAACCCCUCGAUAAAAAAUAGUAACAGAAAAAUGCGGGCAGGACUGGCCUGUAGGUGGCGGUAUAUAACGCAUUAUAAUCGGCCAUCGUCAGGGCAGAAAUAAAUGUCAGCCUUGAGAGAUACGUAUGCGGGUCAGGCAGGACUGGCUUGCAUGUGGUAUUGUAUACGGAAUUUAGAACUGACAUAAUCAGGGUAGGAUUGAUACGCCAGACGCGAUCGGCCACAGAACACUUCGAGCCCAGCCGAGGAAAGGGGAAGGGAGGUACGACCAAACUACUAGUAGACGGGGAAUACUGAGGGUUCCGCCCUGAGCGUUGUCAGACCGCAUGAGGUCGGAAUGUGGGAGAUGACAUCAAAAACCGCGAAAAUCGCCGCUGUGGGGGAGGAAGGAUAGCAGUGGACUUAGAAACCAAUUCAAAACAGGGCUUCUAAUGAUAUAAUUGAGGGUUACCACUUAAUCUACCACUAAAUCCCAGGAGGACCCUUCUCGAAGUCAAGAAUCUGAGUGUUCGGGAAUGAGACCGUUAACAGUGCCUUUAUGCUUUUCGGUGUAAGAUGUUUGCGUAAUUUCGACUUAAAUACCAGUAACUUAGGCGAGUAUCUAAUUUCAGGCGGAAGAUUAUUCCAAAGGAAGGCAUAUUUGGAAGCAAAGAAGAGGGAGCGCUUAGAUGUAGUGCAAAGAUGCAGCGGCGGAAUCAGCAUGGAGGAGUUGCGCGUGGCAUAAGACCGAUCUCUCGGAGUGAGAGUGUCAAUGAGCAGAUGAUUGGAGCUAGAAUUGAUGCGAAAAAGGACGUGAAUGCCAGCUUCGAGUCUUCUAACCCACAAAAACUUAAUGUUCGCCAGCUGACAUCUCUGAGUAUAAGAAAUACCGGACGAAGCUUGAGAGAACAGUUUCCGGGUGAAAACCAUCUGAACAUUUUCGAUCUUAUAGCGGUCACAGGCGUUCAUUAAACCAAAAAAGGACAGCAGUAUUCGAAGACUGGAGGAACAAACAUUGGACAAAGUCUUAGCUUCAUUUCCGGAAGGAAAAUAUUAUGCGAUAUGAAUCCACAUAUCUGCGCGGCUGUGGCAGAGAUUCUAUCUGCAUGAGGUGAUAAAGCAAGCUUAUUUGUAUAACUUAGACCUAGGUCCUUUAUGGUGAGGCAUUCUGAGAGUGGGUUAUUCUGAAAAAUUAUGGAACCAGGAAGUUUUGCAGGACCAAAAGACAUGAAACUACACUUGGAUGAUGUAAACUCCAUCUGCCAUGUUGAACUCCAUCUGCAUUCGUCACGCAAUCCGAUCUAUUAAUUAUAACUAUGCCUGUUCCUUUAUCCGGCCUGGUUGCCGAAAUACCUCUGCCCUCUCUCGGUUGCCUUAAAUUUAUAUGUGAGCUUUUGUCAGCAGUCUCCUGACCUUUUUGUGUUUUGUUCAGAUAUGAAUAACUGAAAUUCACUAGUGUUGGUUUCAUGUGCUGGAUACUAUCUGUGGAAAUGGUCUUUGGAUCGCUCCAUAGAUCUUCCCGACCGCAGACGUUCAAGUAUCGUUAGAGGGACGCUCAACGAUCGUUUUCAUAAAUCUCACUCGUCACGUUGUGCCUUGCCGGCUCUCGCUCACAUUCUGGAGUCCAAUUGGUAGCCGCACAGCGGCGCAUGAUAAAGGCACCAUUGUAUUACCGGCAAAGACGAGGGAGACAGAAAUGGCCAUUUCUGGCUUAUUAGCCGUCGUCAGCCGGUCAUACAACCCCGAAGUGUGGAACACCUGAAGCGCGAACCCGUGACCAUUUAAUUUGAAGUCCAACGCAUCUAACCACUGAGCCACGAUUUUGUCGCCCUGUCGGCUGCCAUAGGAAAUAUGCAAUGCCAGAGAAGCGCUCACCGAUCGUUUCUACGGAACUCAAUCGUCCAUUUGUGCUUUGCGGGCACUUUUCCGAGCCAAACCAGCAGCCGCACAGGAACACGAGAAUACCUAUUGGCAUGGCUGUGGACAGCUGGAUUUAAGUGUAUACACAGCUUCAUCUCCUCACACAUGGUUAGUUCUGGGCACCGUGUUGAUCCCAAAGAAGCCCUCCGCGUGACUCAAAAGGUCCCACCUAACUAUCCUAAGCGACUGGGGCAGCGCUUACUAACAACAACAGAAGCGACUGCCAUCAAUCUUCAGAGGCCGAUCCUGUGCGCGCAGAGGAAACUCUUGCAUGCUCCGCGUCUACCGUGGGCCAAGAUCGAUUAACAGUAUGCAUAUCUUUGCAUCCUCGUCCUCCUUGUGACACGGCCAUACUUAAUCCUCAUUGUCACUCCCUCCUCCCUACUCCCUCUCUUCCUUAUUUAAACCCCCGUUUGUACGAAAGGACUGGCAUCAAUCGAUUCUUCUUAUCGCUUACACGUUUCAGUUUGCAGCUAGCUCCCAUUUAGAGGUAUUGGCCCGAUGAGAAUUUAUCGAAAGGCCGUAUCCUCGCCAAGUGCUCUUUUGAAUUGACCCAUUCGAAUUUUCGCAACUUUAAAACUGUCCAAAUAUUUGAGGAUACUUAACUGUACUUACCAGGGGGAGAGGUAAGUUGAUCUCGGAUGCCUUUUGUGCCAGGAGUGUCCACGAUGGUCAAAGGACCCACCGGGUCAAAUUCACGACAGAUUAAUAACUUUACCGCUUUGAUUAUUUUUUGAUCUGCAAAGCCACAAAUGGCCAAGGGUUGGGAUUCAGCAGCUUUUUAGUCAGUCUUAUAUUACGUGGGAUUAUGUCAUCCGGCAAAAAGAUGCCGAAUAGCCUUAAUCCUCCCCCGUACACCUGUGAACAAAAGAAAAAGUCGCAGUUGCCGUCCUCUAGUUCUGGUUGAACAUGCCUUUAUCCAGAACUUUUCAUUUCGGCAGUUAUAGACCCAUAAUGCAUUAAUCCACUCAUUAUUUUUCCUUUGAGAUAAUCAGGAUGCGGUUUUCAGAAAUGUUUUCAUCCCUGUAGAUGCGUAUACCUUGGUCAGCAACUACUCAUGACAAGAUCGUACUGUGACUAUCGAUGUUGUCUUAAGGGUGAUGGUCACCCUAGUUACCAUUACCGAAUAUUAGUGUCAGACACGGGAAGAGCGCAACUUGCUGCACCAUUCUGUGAAAUCCUUAUGGUCGUUUUCCAAGUGCCCUAGCACGUGUCCGAGACCUGCCGACCUGUAUCGACAAACAACUUUCAUAUCGGUAGCGUGCCCAAAAUUUCAACCUUUUUAAAAUGUGUCUUUUAUACUGUGGACAUGAAGACAAAAAAUUAGUAGUCAAAUUAUAUUAAUCUAAAUAUCCGUAUUCUUCUCAUUUUAAUGCUGGAUACAACAGCGGUGGUCGUGAAUGGCUACGUGCAUUAGUAAAGAAGUUCUCCUUCUCCUUGAUUGUGUAGCCUAAUCUAGAUAUGCGGUAUAUGAGGCGAGUCCCUCGUCUUGAGAUUGUUAAGCUCAGCCAGAGAAGGAGAGGCGACAGGUGUCGCAAAAUCGAGCUUUCAGUAAUACAUGACGAGACUUACUCAGCAGUUUGUUAACUGUUAGAGGACGUAUUUCAGUUUAUUUAAGGGUAGCCUGGGCUUCCACCUUUGGACGCCCCGUUUAAUACAAAUAACGGAAAUAUAUGAAACAUUCUGAAAGGAAAACGUAAACAAUUUCAAAAGAAAUUUCGAAACUGUAGAGACAGACGGGCGGUUUCAAAUGCGACCAACAGAUUGCCGUGCACAGUGGUUAGUGCGUAAUAUGAUACAGAGAAAGUAAUGCGAAAUUAAUCGUGUUCAAGCGUCACGGUGGAGGUCGAUAACUGUGUGCAGCUAUUCAGAGACGACAGGAAAAUUUCAUAAACAAAUGUUGCUGGAAUAUGUACAGCAGUAUCGCAGCAGUAGUAGGCCGAAAAAUGCAAGCGACAUGGCGAUAUCGUUUGUGUUGCAUCGUGGUGCGUAGUGCCAUGUUAAUCCAGCUUCCACUUAAAAGCCUCCACGGAAGUAGACAUCACGAUUUCCGCAUGCAAGGCAUGUCAAGCUUCAACCACUCCACUGCAGAUGACGAACUUCUGCGUGUCCAGUCUGGUUGACGUUCAUGCGUAGUUUAUGUGGAUUACCUCGCAGUUUCGCUGUGAUUGCCAACCCGAAAGAGUCUCCGGGCAAUAGACAACGGUCUUGACCGCGCAUAAUGCGGAAUGCUUGCGUCAGGUCAACUCGCAGCCGUCUUUGACUCACGAGAGAGAUUGAUAUUAGAUAGUCUUGUUUUAUGAGGCAGGGAUUCCUGGCCUGGCGGUAGUUUGGCUGCGCGCCCAUGACCUCUCUGACAGUGCUGGGGUCUACGCCAUCUAUGAUCUCAAAGAUUAAAUUGUAAACUAAAGUUUCGGCUGCACCAAUUUCAAGUGAAUUUAGCAAUACAGUCCUCAUCGGAGGUGGAGAUAGUCUGUUUGGCAGGGUAGUGGGCUUGCAUUUCGGAUUUGGCUAUCUUUGGACAGUUCAUCGAUAGUCCAGAUGAGAUCGUGAUCCAAGCACCCAAGUCCUUCUGGGCGUUAAUUUCUUGCAAUAGUAUUUCUUUUAAAUGGUUAACAACAAGGAUCGAAGUUAUGGUCCCGCCGUUUCAUAAAACGUUGCACUUGUUCGCACAAAACGGCAACAACUAAUAAUUCGACCAUCGCUCGUGUGGGUUUAGGUUUGUCUUUAAACACUUUUCGUACGCUCUAUUUUGAAUGAAGCUCCAAAUUCUGAUAUCCUCAGCAACCAUAGCGGCAAUAAAAUCCAGUUCAUUGACGCAGUCUCUCACAUAUAUAACGAACUGAAAAAGGUCAAGAACGAAGUCUCGAGGAAUACCACCCUCGAGCCCAACCUCCGCCGACUGAUGGUCACCAACAAAGACAAUUCAAUAGCAGCCUAUUAGGAAACUUCAAAGUCACCUUAAGAGAGUGCCACUUACGCCUGUCCGGCUGAGUUUAUGCAGGAGUUGCUCAUGAGGUACACGGUUCAUAUAAACCACACGCACUUAAUCUCAUCAACCACUUGCUUUAGUACUGCCUUGGUCGCUCAAGACUUGCCUCUACGAACUUCGAGCUUGGCAUCACAGAAUGAAUAACGCUACAUCAAGAAACGUAUUAGCCCUGGCUAAAUUGCUAUCCCAAAAAUGUACGGCAUACUUAUUUGGGGCUGAUAAACGUGUAGUUGUGUACAGAGACCUCAUGUACACCUUUAUAUAGCGGCGUGAUGUGUGUAGAUCUUAAUAGGCGUGAGAACAGCCCGCUUCGUGCGAGACUUGCAAAAGCAUGGAGGGCAAAUUGGCUAGUUCAUUAGCAAGCUCCUCUCCCAAUUUCACUAGUUUGUGCCCUAGACUAGAGAACUGUGACUUAUUCGAUGUAAACAGCAACUUACGAACAUGUAUUUUGUAAAAGAUACAGUGCCAAUCGUUAAACCUCCUCAUAAGUCAUGGUCGGAAGGAACAAUUUCGCGUUUCCUUGUAAAGAUGAGUCCCCCUUUUCUGUGACUGUCUCUAAUUGUUGCUUCUUAACUUUCUUAGGAAGUAAGUGCGAACUUGAAGUCUACAUGCCCAGACCAAAGUUUUUACGUAUGAAUAGUUGGGCCGAAGUCCAUCAGCCACAGCAACUGUCCUUAAUGCUGGGUUCAAGGGAGAAACAAGGACUUCGAUCGAAUGAACUCCUCGUUCUGGUGAUCGUUUCUUCUUCUUCUAGACUGCUUCCUGGAACUUGACUUUUCGCUUUUGUCGGCAGUUUCAGUAAUUUUGAAUAGCGGUCUUUUUUUACUCCACUCUUACCAAUCUAUAGGUUAUCGCUAUUCCCCGUAUGGUAUUUUCCUUAUUACGCGACCAUAUAAUAACUUCGGACUCUCCACGGCACGUUCGGUAGGUCUCCUAUAAAAUUUUGCUGUGUUCUGAGGAUAAAUAUUUUACCUAGGUUUCACUGAACUCUGUACAGAUUUAUAAGCACAGGGUUCCUAUAGAUGGGAGAUUUUCUUCAUAGCUUCCUCUGCUGUUCACUUCUGUUUUCGAAUUCUGGCAGUAAUUUCCGUGAAAUCAAGCAAAGGUUUCGGAGUAGCGUGUGCAACAACUCACUCCACAAUCUCCAAUCGUCAGCUGUAUUGCCGGAAAAAACUUGAUUCCUUGCUAAAGCUAUUUAUUUUGGCCUUCUUUUGAUCGAUAUUACAACGUUAAAUAUUUCUUCCAACUCAUUUUGUUGGUUCGGGCACAGGAAAGAACGCAUAUCAAUUCGUACGCGUUCGAAGUUUUUCACACAAAGCCCAUGAUGGCCUUUUUAAUGUGCGGUAAUUUUUUCAUAUUUGCAGUUAAUAUGGAAUUGUAUAAACUUAGAACUGUGCUCGAGUCAAGACACAAAACAAUUUAAAAACGAUUAUUGCUGUUCUAUGCAAAUCCGUGAGGAAGAAGAGUAGAUCACAAAGUGUUUUAUAAGGCUGGUGGUAAGACCUCAUACUUCAAAUGUCGUUUGUCAAAAAUAAGGCAAUCAUCCUUUCAAAACUACACAUGAUGUCAGCAGUCAGCAUCUCUCCUCGUAGCGAGGUCUAUGGUUGGUCUACUCGUUGACUGUUGAAAACUUUUCUGAGGUUCAGUCGCGUGCGUUCGUUUCUGACCUUGUGCGGACGAUCGUAUAGUUGAAUUGCGCAUGCAGACCCAAAGAAGUCCUUCGAUCUCAGUGAGGCAUCUUGGCCAUGGGUAAACCGAAGUUCCUAGGGCAUGCUUAACCAUAAGUACUUGAAAGAUAGGGGGAAUCACUCAAACUCUUUCAACCAAACUUCCUACGAUAAAUCCUUAGGGACAUCAACCAUCUUCAUCGCUGAUCGUUUCAUCUGCUCGUGGAGGUCAAUUUAUUUCUUAUUUCACGGUGUCCAUGCUGGCAUUUUAUAAUGCAAAUGGAGAUAAUUUUCGGUCGGCGCUUAAAUGUAGGGCCACAUGUCUUGAUGCAUUAACCUUGAGGUGCCACAUGUCCGACCAAAUGCUCAGUUUCUUCAUUUUCGAUUUCAUUUUUUGCGUCGUCAGCACAGUAGACUUCAGCUUAUAUCUCAUAUCAUCGGCGAGCGUGACGGCUUCGCAAUUAAAUUUCCUGGUGCAGUCCUUCGCAUAGAUUAGAUAGACAGGUGAAUUUGCUUUGAAAUUACCAAUUCAAGAUUUUCAGCAAAAAUGGGCUCCAUUAACUGUGGACAGAAAAGAAGUCAAUAAUUUACUCAAAGUCAAAAAGUCUGAUUCAAAAAGGGACGACCAUUAUAGAGAAAGCUCGAGUCUUAGCUUCUGUAUUUCCAUCUCUUCACACGUAAGAUAACGCGCCAGGAAUGGCAACGCAGAAUGCUGGUAUGCCGAUGUACGACAAGAGAUAAUUCGAAAGCCACGGCGCAUGGGGUAAGAAGACUUUGCAGAGCUUAGUUCAGAAAGUAGGGGUGCGUAACAUCAUCCAGAAUUCGAUCUACAAAUUACUUGACCGUUCCGAAAUAUUGUUGUAUGAUAAUAUCGACUAAAAGGGCAUGCGAAACACCGGCAGCAGGUGAGAGCAUUCGAAGGACUCGAUUUAAAAUCAGUCCAGUUCAAUUUAUUCAGUUUAUAUGGCAAGGAUAAUAGGCAAAGCCUUUGAAAAUUUUAUUGAUUACAUAUGUCAGGUCGUUAAAAAUAACAGUACACGAACGAUAAAAAUAUUCGUUAUUAAAACAGUACCUGAUUCAUCCGAGUGGCACUGUACCAGAGAAAAUAUUUUCGGGACAGUGGGGUAUUAGUUCAGAUUCAGACUGCCGAGUGAAAACAGGGGACAGAAACAAUCAUCCAAGCGUUUCUUAAAGAGUUGCAGAGACGUAGCCUCCACGACUGACUGAGGGAGAUCGUUCCAUUUCUCCACUACCCUCUGCGUGAAAAACUCAGAACGAAGAUUCAGCCUGGACAUUGCUGUCCAUAACUUUAUCGAGUGACCACGAAGAUUGGGUUAAAGGUGCCACUGAAACAUGACCUCGAAUUCAAGUUCAUGCUCAAGGCCAUGUAUUAUCUUUUAGAUGAGGAUAAGAUCACCUCGUUGUUGCCUGUAACACAGAGGGACUAAAUUAAGGCAAUUCAGUCUGCCUGUGUAGGAUUGGUUUUUUAGACCGUUUACCAGCUUUUUUGCACGCCGUUGUACCCGUUCGAGGCAUGCUUGGACCUUUGCUAGUCAUGGCCGCCAUGCUUGUAUGCCAUAUUCUAAGUGGGACCGAACAAAAGUGCCGUAAACUCUCCCAAAAUGGUAUUUUUCAGAGGUUACGAACGCCCUUUUGAUUGCAUCGAACACCCCCAUGGCGUUUUUUGCAGCCUUGUGGCACUGCAAUGUUGGUUGGUUGUUCUGUAUCCAAACCCCAAGAUCCUUCUGUGAAGACUCUGCAGGGAGCCUUAUAUCUAUCAGGUGAUAUGUCCUCAGGCUCUCAUUUGAAUGAGAGUUGGUUGGACGCAGAUGAAGGACGGCACACAUCUCCACAUUGAAAUCUAGAAGCAAUUUCUUCGACCACGCUUGCAGUCGGUGCAGGUUAUCUUAAAGGGAUCUCUGGUCAUUCGGUCCUUUAAUGACUUGCCAGAGCUUAACGUCGUCUGCAAACAUUAUUUUGUCGAAGUGGAGUUCCUGAAGGCUGUCGUUAACACAAAGGAUUAAGAGCAAUGGUCCCAGAACUGAGCCUUGAGGCACAGCACCAUUCACGUUCACCCAGUCUGACAUAUCAUCUCCAAUACAGACACGUUGUUUACGGCCAACCAGAAACGCCCUUAUCCACUUCAGAAGAUCUCCGCGGAUGCCGAUGGCGCUCAAUUUGUGAAGAAGGCGUUGGUGAGGAACAGUAUCGAAAGCUUUGCGGAAAUCGAUAUACAGCACAUUGACCGCAAAACCCUCUUCUAG